AUGAACUACGUGGGGCAGCUGGCGGAGACAGUGUUUGGGACAGUGAAGGAGCUGUACCAGGGCCUGAACCCAGCCACGCUGAGCGGUGGCAUCGACGUGCUGGUGGUGAAGCAGGUGGAUGGCUCCUUCCGCUGCUCGCCCUUCCACGUGCGCUUUGGCAAGCUGGGCAUCCUGCGGUCGCGGGAGAAGGUGGUCGACAUUGAGGUCAAUGGGGAGCCAGUGGACCUGCACAUGAAGCUGGGGGACAGCGGUGAGGCCUUCUUUGUCCAGGAGCUGGAGAGCGAAGAGGAACACGUGCCUCCCCGCCUGUGCACCUCACCCAUCCCUUGGGGGGGCCUGUCUGGCUUCCCCCUGGACUCCCAGCUGGGCACAGCCGGUGAGCCUGAGGGCCCUGCUAUGGUGGGUGCGGCCUCCACAGGACGGAAGAAAAGGCGGCGCAGGAGGAAGCCCAGGCUGAAGGAGGAUGCGGUGGCAGCUGACUCGAGUUUGGAGGAGCUGGAGGCAGGCACCGACAGUGAGCCGUCCCCUCUGGACAAGCCGAGGCUGGAGCCCCCAGGCAGUGUCCAGUCAGAAGGGGAGUCUUUCCUGCAGGCCAAAGACAUCUAUCCCUACUCCGAUGGGGAGUGGGCACCCCAGACCAGCCUCCCGGCAGGUGGGCUGACAUCCCCUAAGAGCGACUCAGAGCUGGAGCUGCGGGCCUCAGAGCCCAGCCCCCUGAGAGCUAAGUCCCACAUGCAGUGGUCCUGGGGGCGGCUGCCUAAGGUGGCUAAAGCUGAGCGGCCCGAGUCCUCGAUGGCCCUUGAAGGCAACACUGAAGCAGCCUCUCCUCCUCCAGAAGGGCCCAGCAUCCCCUCUGUCUCUGUGGCUGGCAUGGACUCCUCAGGAUACCCCAUCCUGCAAACAGGGGCUGGCACUGACCUACUUCAGCCUGACACAGAGCCUCCCUCUCUGGUGGGCACCUCUUUCCCCACCCCACAGAGUGAGGAAACCAAGACUCAGAGCUCCGAGAACACGCGCCCCCCUCCUGCCUCAAAAUCAUGGAGCUGGGCAGCUCUGAAGGGCCCAGUUCCCACCGAGCCGCCAGCGGGGGUCUGCAGGAGGAGAGGCUCCCUGAAAAGAAACGAGCACCUGGGCCCCAGUGACAUCUACCUGGACGACUUGCCCUCCCUGGACUCUGAGAAUGUGACCCUUUACUUGCCCCAGAGUAACUAUGAGUUGGGGGCCAGGAGGUGGAGUGAACCCAGCAACCAGAAGCUCCUGGGGGACCCUAAACCUGAACACGUGCCAGAACCCACUCCAGACACAGUGGACACAAUAGCGCUGUCCCUCUGUGGGGGACUGGCUGACAGCCGGGACAUCUCCCUGGAGAAGUUCAGCCAGCACGUCGUCUCCUACCAGGACCUCACGGAAAACCCCAGCCUCCUGGACGACCCCAACCUUGUGGUGAAAAUCAAUGAGAAGCAUUAUAACUGGGCUGUGGCUGCCCCCAUGAUCCUCUCCCUGCAAGCCUUCCAGAAGAACCUGCCCGAGAGCACUGUGGGCAAGCUGGAGAAGGAGAAGAUGCCUCAGAAGGGUGGGCGUUGGUGGUUUUCCUGGCGAUGCAGGGAUCUUCCCGCUGAAGAGCGCAGUGCCCAGAAGGAGAAGACCACAGCCAGGGAGACACGGAGGGAGGAGGCAGACAUCCUGAGCAGCGAGGACGACGGUCCAGACAGCCCCAUGAUCCUCAAGGCCCCCUCCCUACCACGCUCACCUCCAGCCUACACUCCCACCUACAAGAAGUCCCUCCGCCUCUCCUCCGAACAGAUUAGGCGCCUGAACCUGCAAGAAGGCGCCAACGACGUGGUUUUCAGCGUGACCACCCAGUACCAGGGCACCUGCCGCUGCAAGGCCACCAUCUACCUCUGGAAAUGGGACGACAAGGUUGUCAUCUCUGACAUCGAUGGCACCAUCACCAAGUCAGACGCUCUGGGCCACAUUCUGCCCCAGCUGGGGAAAGACUGGACACACCAGGGCGUCACCAGUCUCUACCACAAAAUCCACCUAAAUGGGUACAAGUUCCUGUACUGUUCUGCGCGGGCCAUCGGCAUGGCUGACCUCACCAAGGGGUACCUGCAGUGGGUGAGCGAGCGGGGCUGUGGUCUCCCCAAGGGCCCCAUCCUGCUAUCUCCCGGCAGCCUCUUCUCCGCCCUCCACAGAGAGGUGAUUGAGAACAAGCCGGAAGUGUUCAAGAUCGCCUGCCUGAGUGACAUCCGGCAGCUGUUUCUGCCCUACGGACAGCCCUUCUAUGCCGCCUUUGGGAACCGGCCCAACGAUGUCUCUGCCUAUUGGCAGGUGGGCCUCCCUGAGUCUCGCAUCUUCACAGUCAAUCCACGGGGAGAGGUCAUCCAGGAGCUCAUGAAGAGCCACAAAUCCACGUACGAGCGGCUUGGCGAGGUGGUCGAGCUCCUCUUCCCGCCUGUGGCCCGUGGCCCCAGCACAGACCUGACCGAGCCAGAAUACAGCAACUUCUGCUACUGGCGGAAGCCCCUGCCAGAUGUGGACCUGGACUCCCUGGCCUGA